CCGCACAGCCCCUCCCACCCCGGAAGUGACGUCACCAGCGCCAGAGCCGAACAGCAACAGCGGAGGUGUUGUUCAUGGCCAACUAGGAAGUUUUCCUGAUUUUACUGAAGUUUCCUCCUCAGCCUUCACGAUGUCGGGACGAACCUGCGCGGGGCUCACCGCGGCGCUCGCGCUCGCCGUCGUGCUCGUCACCGUGGGAGAAUGUCAGACAACCGCGCCGACACCAGCCCCCUGCUCCACCUACAGAAGCUGCGACAGCUGCGUCCCGCAUGCCAAGUGUCUGUGGUGCCUCACUACCAACAACUGCAGCGACUACCCUGUCAGCUGGUUGCUGCCGCCGCCUUCGCUCUGCCCGCUGGCCGAGGCUCGCUGGGGCGUGUGCUGGUUGAACUUCGAGGCCCUGAUCAUCACGCUGGGUGUGCUGGGUGGAUUCCUUUUGAUCAGCAUCACGGUCUGCUGCUGCUACUGCUGCUGCUGCAGGAGGACGCGCUCGUCAAGGUCUGACAGAGACGAGGAGAGAUUGGCCAGGAGGAGGGAGGAGAUCAGACAGCGCUCUGAAGAACGGAAAGUGGAGAGGAAGACUCGGCACGACGAGAUUCGCAGGAAGUACGGGCUGAUUGGUGACGCUGACCACCCCUACAGCAAGUUCGAGAACGAGUGAAGCCACCGCAGCGGCUCACCCCCACGGCCCCACCCCCACCUUUAGACGUCUUCUAUUUCAUCCACACACCAAUGACAGGAACCGUGCAGGCAGCAGAGGACACGAAAGGUUCCAGAAGAACCCGUGGAAGAUGGAGCAGAUGGAAGAACGUGUCAUUUUUACUUAUUGCAUCAUUCAUAACAAUGAAACUUGUUUUUAAUUAUUCUUCUGUCAUUUUUAAUCACAAAAUCUCUUUUUCCAUUUCCUGCUCUUAUUGAUCUUUAUACACUGUUGCUUUCUGGAUGAUAUUGUAGCAGUGAUGUGUUCAAGCACACAAAUAAAGAGUAAAGAAACGACUGAAA